AUGGCCCGAGACGCGGCCCAGGCUGGAGUCCCAGCCAUACCGAUUCCCACGACCAAGUCGGGUAAACAAUGGAAUACGCGCAGUUUAGGACUCAGAUUUGCAGCGGACGCUGCAAGCGCUGCUGUAGCGGGAGCUCUUAUAUGCCCUAUUAUUACUAUUAUUGAUCGUGCAAUCAUCGAAAAAGCGUCCAAAGGAAUAUCGAUCAAACACACAUUAUCAUCAUGUCUCCGAGACAUGAUACGGAAACCAAGCGGCUUCUUCCUGUCGACCCCAUUUAUACUCAUAUAUACUCUAUACAGCGGUACAUACUUGACCGCCAAUGCAAUUGACACCAUCACAUCGACACUACGCAAUCAGCCGUUCGAGACCGUGACCCCCGGCACCGCGAAAUUCCUCACUACAACAAUUGUUAACAUGUCCAUUUGCGUUUAUAAAGAUGCUCGAUUCGCCAAACUGUUUGGCCCGUCCAGCAACCCGUCUACUCAAUGUCAUCCUUCUGCUCCGGCCGUUACCGUUGCUGCUACGAAUGCCUCGGCAUCCACAUCCGCUGCCGCUGCCGCCACCGCUGCGCAAAUCGCAAAACAAGCCCCAACAAUACCCAAAGUUUCAUAUGCAUUAUUCUGUUUGAGAGAUAGCGUGACGAUCUUUGCAUCUUUUAAUGUUCCUCCCUUGAUUGCGCCCUCGGUACCAGACUGGAUUGCCUCGACGCCAGGCAUGAAAGCCGCUGUUGCGCAAUUCUCGUGUCCGGCCCUGAUGCAAUUCGUUAGCACACCAAUGCAUUUGCUAGGGUUAGAUCUCUAUAAUCGCCAACCGCCAGGUGGUCUGGGUUGGCGAGAACGACUUCUCCGUAUCCGGAGAGAUUAUAUUGUCAGCUCCUUUGCGCGUAUGGGCAAGAUUGUGCCUGCUUAUGGUGUCGGGGGAGUUGUGAAUGUGAGGAUGAGAGCCGCGCUGAUGGAUAAGUUGCAGCUUGAUGAUGAGCGAAAGCAUCUUUCAUCCUGUCGAGCUCUUUGA